AGACCCAAAAACAGACUUUUAAGAGCACCGCUUUAGGACGUUUGGUGCCAAAAUACAGGUUUUAAGCUUUUCUGUGACUCAGAUCUGAGCCAUGCUUUGUGAAGGCAGAUUGUUGAUCAUGACCUACUGUGAAUUCGAAGAUCUGGAUUCCCUUCCUUCUAAGCCAGCUUUCCAGAAUGCUUAUGGGUCACAGAAAACAGCUGCUGCCCUCAUACCAGGUUCCACCAGACAUGCUCCCCUUGUUCACCACAAUUCCCCGGAGCAGAUGGCUACAGACAACCGAAGGGCUUCAGCUGAGUUGUACAUUUCUCCUUUGCAGUCCUUAGAUCUCCAGAGAGCUCAUCUAGGCAGGCAGAUCUCUCGAGAGAUAGAGAUCCCAGCCCAAGCUCACUCAGGUGGCGAUACCCCUUUCUUGGUUCCCUCCUUCUGUCAGAGCAUUUGCAAAAACUACAGUGACCUUCAUAUUGCAGGUGACCAGGUGCUACCUCUCUCAGCUAAUAACUGCGAGCUGAGGGUUUGUGCCGAUGUCCCGGAUGUCGGUCCCUUUAUCCAGUCUUGUGAUGUGCCCCCAGCUGUGGAAGAUUCCCUCCAAGGACACGAAGCUCGGGAUGGGAGGCUGUUUCCACUGAGGGGAGGUUCGAAUCGGUGGAGACUGGGGAGCGGCCGUGAUCGGAGCUUUUUCCUCCAGGGGCAUGAAGGUCCGUUUUCCAACUCCCUUCUGAAUCACUACUUGGAGCAAAAGCUCCUGGAUCUGUAUCAGCAAUACAUGAUGGAGAAUAUGGCAAGAGAAGGAGCCCCUGGUUCAGACUCUGACACAAGUGCCAUUUGCCCUUUGCUGGGCUCAGAGCUGGUCCUCACCAGCCUGGACCAAAUCACUUUGCAGCUCAGCCGGGAGGGCAACAUGGAGGCCGGCUUGGCCAAGGACAUGGUCCUGAGCUGCUUCCUGCGAGUCGCUGGUGAUAUGCAGUCAAGUGAGAUCAGCACUCCCUUUCUGCAGAUUUCUAAUGAGGCGUCCAGGGAGCAACUCACAGAGAGUAAUGAGUGACCCCACUGUCAAGGAACUCCUUCAUUCAAUACUGCCUUUCAUUUCAGUGCAACACUGAAAAAAAACCCCAGGACUGGACUGAUAACCACAUUUUUAUUUUAUUAGCUCUUGAGAAGAUUUUAAAUGAGAGUUCUACGUGGGAUUAUACAGUAAUUACCUGGAAAAUGUGCCAUAUUUAUGCAUCCUAAAUUGAAUUUGCAGUGAUGACAUGGGGAUCUGUGUUUACCUGUCUUUAGUGCAGCUUUAACUUUCUAAAGAAAAUAAAAACAGGAACUGAAAACUGAAACCACUGCUUCCCGUUUUUCAAAGAACAUCGAUGGUCUAGCAGAACAACGUGAAAUCAAAAACAGCACGCUGCCUCUUUAUGUAUUAUGUGCAGCCACAUUUAAGAACAUUUUGCAUGCUUAAUGAUCACUGAUUAAUUAGAUUUGACUCUUUCUUUGUCAUAAAGGAAACAAUGCUAUGCAGGAUCAAACUAGGAGGGAAGAUACUGAAUUUGCAACAAAGUUCCAAAAGUGCAGCCUCGAAAUGCCCUUUGAUCAACACUCCGUCAUUCUAGGCUUCACACAGUGACUUCAUCGGCUCUGUUACCUAGAAAUGUAGCUGUAACCAAGUGCUGCGUGAGCCGCUUGUUACCCCAGUCUCCCCAUCAGGACUGCAGAUGUAAAGAAUUUGAUUUCAUGAUGUCUGAGCCACAUGAAAAGAGAAUACACGCUUUAACGAAACAGAUUUUCUUUUAAUUCAAAAAUCAUCAUCCAGGAGUGUAAUUGCUCCUUAAGAAUGAAAAGAAAACUCCACGAGCUGAUUAUUUCCCCCCUCCUCCACUCUUCCUUGAACUCAGCUGUAUGUUGAGGACAAAGAUGCAUCAAGACUGCUGAAAAUCAUUGAAAGAAAACAAAGGCACUUUUGUACAUCUCAUGUCAUUUAUUCUCUUGUCUUGCAGAUCACCUUUCCCCUUACUGACUCAUCCACAGAUUAAUAUCCCACCCUUGAUGAAAUUACUUCUAUUAUAAUGUGACUUAUGAAUGUGCUCUCUCUCUCUGUCAUUUUAUGUGUUAUGUAGCCAAUUAGAAACAUUUAAUAACCCCU